GCUUCCUCUUUUCCGGCUGGAACCAUGGAGGCUGCCGAGUAAAAGAAGAAGAAGGUUCCUGCCGUGCCAGAAACGCUGAAGAAAAAGCGGAGGAAUUUCGCAGAGCUCAAGAUCAAGCGCCUGCGGAAGAAGUUUGCCCAAAAGAUGCUCCGGAAGGCCAGAAGGAAGCUCAUCUACGAGAAGGCCAAGCACUACCACAAGGAGUACAGGCAGAUGUACAGAACUGAGAUUCGGAUGGCGAGGAUGGCAAGGAAAGCCGGCAACUUCUACGUCCCUGCAGAACCCAAGUUGGCGUUUGUCAUCAGGAUCAGAGGGAUCAAUGGUGUGAGUCCCAAAGUCCGCAAAGUGCUGCAGCUUCUUCGCCUUCGCCAGAUCUUCAAUGGCACCUUUGUGAAGCUCAACAAGGCUUCUAUUAACAUGCUGAGGAUUGUGGAACCCUAUAUUGCAUGGGGCUACCCGAAUCUGAAGUCAGUGAAUGAGCUGAUCUACAAGCGUGGCUAUGGCAAAAUCAACAAGAAGCGAAUCGCCCUGACGGAUAACACCCUGAUUGCCCGUUCUCUUGGUAAAUACAACAUCAUCUGCAUGGAGGAUCUGAUUCACGAGAUCUACACCGUUGGGAAACACUUCAAAGAAGCAAAUAACUUCCUGUGGCCCUUCAAGUUGUCUUCUCCCCGAGGUGGGAUGAAGAAAAAGACCACCCAUUUUGUAGAGGGUGGCGAUGCUGGCAACAGGGAAGACCAGAUCAACAGGCUUAUUAGAAGGAUGAACUGAGGUGCCUGUUCCGGUAUUUUUAUAAUCUGGUCAGAUAAUAAACAUCAGCUCCACUGAGAUUGAAAUAAACUAUUGUAUUGGUGA